CCUAAACGAUAGUUGACCAAAAGGAUUCACAAAUAUCUCCUGUUCCUCCAUCAUCAAUUUAAUUAAGAUGGUACAAUUACGGCAUCAGAUUUUAUCCUGUGGGAGUUUACUGAAUCAAUUUCAACUUAACAUCAGAUGGAGUUCAUCUUUACAAAUCAGGGACAAAAAAGUAAUACAACCAGAACAUUCUUUUAAGUAUGCAGAUUUAUCGGUCCGUCUUGCAGGACCAGAACAAUUACAGCCCAAACCUAAUGUCAGUGCUCUAUCAUUUGGUAAAUACUUCACAGAUCAUAUGUUAAAAAUAUUUUACCACGAAGCAUUAGGAGGAUGGCAGAUACCAGAAAUAACACCUCUUGAAAACUUAGUCCUUCAUCCAGCAUCAAAAGUGCUACACUAUGCAAUAGAGUUGUUCGAGGGUUUGAAAGCUUACAGGGGAGUAGAUGGAAAAAUAAGAAUAUUUAGGCCAGAUUUGAAUAUGGAACGAAUGAACAAUUCAGCAGUGAGGGCUGGCUUGCCCACUUUUAUUGGGGAUGAACUAAUAAAAUGUUGCUGUAGAUUAGUUAGUAUAGAUCAAGAAUGGGUUCCCCAUUCUACCGCUUCUAGUCUGUACAUACGUCCAACUCUGAUAGGUAUAGAUCCUACACUUGGAGUGGCAUCCUCAGAGUCCGCUUUACUGUACGUUAUUUUAUCACCUGUGGGCUCCUAUUUUAAAAAAACAGAUGAAAACGUUGGUGUGUCCUUACUAGCAGAUCCUCAAUACACCAGAGCCUGGCCAGGGGGUUGUGGUAACUACAAAGUAGGUAGUAAUUAUGGGCCUACUAUUUACGUACAAAGAGAAGCUGCAGAAAGAGGUUUGCAGCAAGUGUUAUGGCUUUAUGGAGAAAAUAGUGAAGUAACCGAAGUUGGGACAAUGAACAUCUUUAUGUUUCAUAUAAAUGACGAUGGAGAAAAAGAAUUAAUAACACCACCUUUGUCGAGUGGUUUAAUUCUUCCUGGGGUCACUAGAAAUUCUAUUUUGGCGGUAGCUAAAGAGUGGAAUCAGUUCAAAGUCAGCGAACGAACAUUCUGUAUGGAUGAAGUUUGUCAAUUAUUAUCAGAAAAUAGGCUGUUAGAACUUUUUGGAGCGGGAACAGCUUGUAUAGUCAGUCCUAUAUCGUACAUCGAAUAUAUUGGUCGACCGUUACACAUACCGACGGUAGAACACUCGGAGCCUGUUUAUAAAAAGUUUCUAAAACAUUUAAUGGACAUACAAUACGGUGUUAUACCGGAUCACCCGUGGGCGAUACCUAUUGAGUGA